AGCUUGCAGAGUGCUUCACUGGUGCGCUGCAGCGUGCAGAGUGCUUCAAUCUGGUGCGCUGCAGCGUGCGACGCUACGCAGCGGCGAGCAAUAGUCCCCUGGUGCAGCCUGCAGGCGCACGUUGAUCUAUCUGGUCAAAACGCGACAACUCGUCCGGAGAUGGCUGCAAGCCAAGUGAGAGCAUUUUGGCACUUGACACCUAGAACGACCAAAUGAAUCGUCUAUUGCUCAUUCUGACGGUUGCACUGCAGUACGUGAGUGCUCUGCAGCUCACCCGACGAGCGCUGCCUGGCGCCGCCGCGGCAGCCACAGCUAUUGGCACCCAAAAUGCACUUGCUGCUGCAAAGCCUGUCCUGGUCCUCGGCGCGAACGGCGGGACGGGCCUCGAGCUCGAUUCGGCGUCCUCGAGUCGUCAUUGAGCAUACGAUCCGCGCACGCAGGUGCGUCAAGUACCUGCAGAAGAAGGGCCGGCCCUGCGUCGCCGCGACGCGCACCGGAGAAUUUGUCGGCGACGCGUCGAAGCUCGUCACCGUCGCCAAGGGGGACGUCACGGACGCCGCGAGCUUGGCGAGCCUCAUCACGGAGCAGACGGGCGCCGUGAUCUUCGCCGCGAGUGCGUCGCGCCAGGCCGACGCCAAAAAGACGUCGAACGCGAAGGCCGUCGACAAUGUCGGAUUAGUGAACUGCGCGAAAUUGUGUAUUGAGAAAUCCGUGCCCAGGCUUGUCGUCGUGUCGUCGGGCGGCGUCUCGAAGCCGUCGAGCGCCGUGUACAUCUUCCUGAAUCUGGCCGCGAACGGCAUCAUGGACGCGAAGAUCGCGGGCGAAGACGCCGUGCGGAAAUUGUACGCGGCGCCGGGUCUGGCGGAGAAGAAUGUCGGGUACACUGUGGUCCGACCGGGCGGUCUGUUGCGCGACCCGGGGCUCGGCGUCAGCGCCGUCGAACUCAAUCAGGGCGACACGAAGUCCGGCCGCAUCAACCGCGCGGACGUCGCGGCCAUCUGCAUCGAGUCGCUGGACUCCAAGGCGGCGUUCGACACGACCUUCGAGUGCUACUACGCGGACACGGCGAAGGGCUUGGACGACGUGAUGAAGUCCAACGCGGCGGCUGUGGGCGCGGGCGUGAAAACCACACCUACGGAAACGUCGACGGGCCGCGAGCGCCGCGGGGACACGUGGCCGAAGCUCUUCGAGGGGCUCGAGCGGGACCGCGUUGCUUAACACAAUGUCAUGCGA